CUGGAACACAUUUCCUUCGCCGCCAUUCCGUCCACGCCUCCUUCCCCUCAUCAUCCAUCGCCCAUGGCGGACGAUACCCUCGCGGCCCCGCAAGCCUCGUCACCAAAACCCUAAACCCUACCCGACCUCCAGUUCCGCCACCCUAAUUCGCACAUCCGGCGCGGCGGGCGCUUCCGCCGCCGCCGCCGCCGCCAUGGGGCCCCGUCGAGACGUCCGCUUCAUCUCCUCCGCCGUCAAGCUCCCGUGCGCCUCCCCGGCCCCGGACCCUGCCCCGGCGCACGCCCUCCUCUCCGCCGCGCUCCCGUUCGCGCACAUCGGCCGCGCCAUCGACGCUGCGGCCCGCCGCGUUGCCGCAUCGUUUCCCCGCGUCCCAGCCGCGCGGGCCGAGACGGCGGCCGCGCCCUUGCCGCGGAGGCACGGGAAGGACGGGGGCGGGGGCGAGGAGCGGGUGCUGAUCAGCGAGGUGGCGGUUCGCGGCAAGGACGGGGAGCCCCUGGAACGGCCCGAGCUGGAGGAGGCGGCCGCCGCGGCUCUGCGCGCGUGCCGCCCCAACGCUGCGCUCACGGUGCGGGAGGUGCAGGAGGAUGUGCACCGCGUCGUGGAGAGCGGCCUCUUCCGCUCCUGUAUGCCUGUCGCGGUCGACACCCGUGACGGCAUUCGCCUUGUCUUUGAGGUGGAGCCGAACCAGGACUUCCAUGGUCUGGUCUGUGAGGGUGCCAACAUGCUGCCUUCCAAGUUCCUGGAUGACUCAUUUCGUGAUCGACAUGGGAAAAUAAUCAACAUAAGACAUUUAGAUCAAGUGAUAAAAUCUGUUAAUGGAUGGUAUCAGGAGCGUGGUCUUACUGGCAUGGUUUCCUAUGCUGAGAUCCUUUCUGGAGGAAUUCUGAGGUUACAAGUUUCUGAAGCCGAGGUUAAUAAUAUCAAUAUUCGCUUUCUCGAUAGAAGAACUGGUGAACCAACUAUUGGAAAGACACAACCAGAUACAAUACUCCGGCAACUUACCACCAAGAAGGGUCAGGCUUACAAUAGAGCACAAGUGAAAAGAGAUGUGGAAACAAUACUUACUAUGGGAAUUAUGGAGGAUGUUACAAUAAUUCCACAGCCAGUUGGAGAUUCUAAUAAAGUUGAUCUUGUCAUGAAUCUUGUUGAGCGCCCUUCUGGUGGUUUCUCUGCUGGUGGUGGCAUUUCAAGUGGGAUAACAAAUGGGCCUCUUUCUGGGCUAAUUGGCAGCUUUGCAUAUUCUCAUCGGAAUGUUUUUGGGAGGAACAAGAAGUUGAAUCUUUCACUAGAGAGGGGCCAAAUAGAUUCUAUAUUUCGUUUAAACUACACUGACCCCUGGAUUGACGGUGACAAUAAGAGGACCUCCAGAACAGUCAUGGUUCAGAACUCUAGGACUCCAGGAACACUUAUCCAUGGUGGGGACCAUCCUGACCAUGGGGCUAUCAUAAUUGGACGAGUAACUGCUGGCAUUGAAUAUAGUCGACCAUUCAGGCCUAAAUGGAGUGGUACACUUGGUUUGAUAUUCCAGCAUGCUGGUGCUCGUGAUGACAAAGGCAACCCAGUGAUCAGAGAUUCCUAUAACAGCCAGUUAACUGCCAGCGGAAAUCCUUAUGAUGACACAGUACUCGCUAAGCUUGAAGGUGUCUACACAGACUCUGGAGAUCAUAGCUCUACAAUGUUUGUUUUCAACGUCGAGCAAGGUCUGCCAAUUCUUCCAGAGUGGCUUAGUUUCAACAGAGUGACAGCACGUUUGAGACAGGGCUAUGAAAUUGGUCCUGCUAGACUUCUUCUGAGUGCUUCUGGAGGUCAUGUGGAGGGAAACUUUUCGCCACAUGAAGCAUUCGCAAUUGGUGGGACAAAUAGUGUAAGAGGAUAUGAAGAAGGUGCAGUUGGUUCUGGCCGUUCAUAUGCAGUUGGUAGUGGAGAAGUCUCUUGCCGCAUGUUUGGUCCAUUGGAAGGUGUGGUCUUUGGUGACUAUGGCAGUGAUCUUGGAUCUGGUCCAAAGGUUCCUGGUGACCCAGCAGGAGCCCGAGGGAAGCCAGGAAGUGGUUAUGGGUAUGGUGUCGGCAUCCGUGUGGAUUCCCCACUUGGACCUCUUAGACUUGAGUACGCCUUCAAUGAUAAACAAGCAAGACGAUUUCACUUUGGGGUUGGCCACAGAAAUUGACCUAUCCAAGCAGCUUUAAUCUGCGAUCCUACAUUUGAUUGUCUGAGAUUUGGCGCCUGGUAGAGGUAGUGUCAUUUCUUUCUUCCUCCUAUCUUUGCAAUGUUGAUACAAGUCUUGCAAAGCAAAUUUUGUUCAGCCCAGAAUGCCUUGUUGUAAUAUAUAGCUUUUUUCUUCUUUUUCUGUAUAAACGUUCCUGGAAGCUGAAUCAGAGAAAAGAGCUUCCAGCUGGUACAUCAGAGCGAGAUAUGAAAUUUGAGCGAGAAACAGAAAUUAGUGAAAAAUACUGUUCGCAGGAGA